AUGACCACACUAGAGUUUAACAAAGCAAUGACAAAUGGCUGCUUGAAGUUGCUUUUAAACCUUCCCUUUGAUGGGGGCGUCGUUAAGGUGAUUGGGUGGUGGUCUGUUCCACCUGAUCAUGAAGGGGCAGGUGAGUCAGUUCAGACUUCUUGUUCUGGCCGUAGGGAGCCAUGUUGUGAAGCCCAAUCUGGGCGUGGGAUGUUUGCAAUGGUUCAGAAGGAGAUCUUUUUCAAUCAUUUCAAGGAAAAUAAAGUGGAGAUAGCAAGUGCCAUAACAAAGCUAUUUCCCUUCCUCGAAAGCCUCAGAGACCACUCCUUUAUCACUGAUAAAAUGUAUACUGAUUCUCAAGAAGCCUGUGGACACUUGGUUCCUGUACAGAAAGUGGUGUACCAUGUUCUUUGCCACCUUGAGAAGACUUUUGAUUCUUCACUUUUACAAGUCAUGUUCAGCAGGAUUAACCUGAAGGAGUAUCCUGAUUUAAUUGAGAUUUAUAAAAGCUUCAAAAAUGUGCAACAUUUUUACCAGAAAAGUGAUGGAGAAGAAACACAAAAAAUGCGUAACAUUCACCCCGGCUGUGAACAAGAUACCUGUGAAUCAAAAUGUGGUUCAGGUACACCCUCACAUGAAAAUGAACUCUCAGAGCAACUCUGUGAAAAAGAACAGAUAAAUGCAAAGAGAGAAGAUACAACCAGUGGCAAAAAUGAUGCACUAGGAAGCCAACAAGCAAAUACACAAUGUGCCUCACAAUCUGAGCCAGCAGAGUCCUGUGAACAAGUAGCUGUCCAAGUGAAUAAUGGAGAUGCAAGAAAGGAGAUGCCCAGCCCAUUGCCUUGUGAUGAAGAAAAUCCCAUGAAUACUGGGACCACUUCUACUCUGAAGAUGCAUACUAGGAAAAGAGCAGCUGCUAUUCUUCAGGAAAUAAUAAAGAAGAAAAGGUUCAAGAAAACAGAUUCUCCACCAAGAACUUGGCCAGAUUCCGGAAAUGUUAGAAACAUAUCUUCCUUGGGAGAACAUAUUUGGAAAAGAUUGAUUAGAAGAGGUGACUCUUCCGAUUCUAUUAUAAAAAAAGAGGAGCCCCAGGAAACCUCAAGCUCAGAGCCAAUCAUUAGACAAGAUGCCAUGAAGCAGGAAACAAAGUAG